CGUCCCUGGCACCACGCUCUGCCGUCUUAUCUAUGCGGUUAUUCUUUUAGCUGCACACCUUUUUGUUAUACACCACUGGCACAUUCUUUUGGGAGCGUGACUUCUUCUGAUAUUUGUAACCCAAUUUCUUACUCGCUACUACUCCGAGUUAUAUACAUCACGGGCAAAAGCUUGAUUUACUCCCCCGCCAGCGGCUGAUGCGAUUGACGCAUUAGGCGUGGCCAGCUUCUGCAGCUGCAUUUCGCUGCGACGAACGACUCCAUCGUUGCGCCUUUGCGUUGCCUGGAUACCUACCUAUCACCGCCCCAUUCCACAAAAUCACUCGUCACCAAAUUGCGCGACGUGAGAAUAUAGUAUACAAAACGUUCAUAACAUCUUGUCUGCUUAAAACCGCAUGCUUCAGUGUCUGGUGGCAGAAUUUUGAAUACCCUAUAUAACUAGAAACCUUCCCCCCCGCCUGGAAAACGCCGGGCAAUUACGGCGACACAGGUCUAGAUUGUCAACAAUGGAUACGUUCACAUCCCCCCACGACCGGCCCGCGCCCCCGAUGUACGAUGAAGACCCCCCAUCAUAUGCCUACCCCGGCGAACCCUCUGUUAUCGAUGCUAGCGGCGAUAAUAUGACAACAUCAACUCCCACGAUUGUACGAGGCAAUGCCGCGUCCAUGAGACUUUUGCCGUCCGGCGAGAGCAAUUUAGGCAACGGUGGAAAUGACGCAUCUGAUCUGGGGAGCGCAAGAAGAUUUAGAAAGCGCGAAAAUCCGCUUUCGCGUCAACAAAGCCCUAUAUCUAUGGUUCGGCAGUCGCCGCAGCGAUAUCAUCCACUUCAUCAACAAUCUGCCUCCACCUCAUCCCUCCCUCCCUCCCGCCCGUCGUCAAGCCUUGGCCAAGCGCCCAGUAUGUUGCCGUUAGACUCUGUGGUGGUGGACGGCCUCCAUCUUCCUCCUCGAUCAGGUUCCCCAACACGGCCCUGGACUCCGUCGCGAGGUUCGGAGUGGUCGCGACAAAAAGCUCCCCCGAGUGUAUCCAGUGUAAAUUAUGAACCCCCAGAUAUCAAUGGAAGCCCUAGACCAGGAACUCCCAGUUCGAGGUAUGGCGGCAGCCCGCGACGGCCACUGCCACCAGCCCCGUUGUUCACUGGGGUUCCGGCGUCAACUAGUGGUGAUAGAAGUAUUGAUAUUGCCGACGGAGGUGGUGACGAUGAUGUGGACGAUCCUUUUGGUGGUGGAGGGAGAUCGAUAAAUCAGAGAAACGAUACUCGUGCAAGUGUUCAGUCAUUUGAUUCCUAUGUCACCGACUCCACUAUUGUUACGGAUGAAAAAGACGUAAUGAGUAAGGUUGACUUGGACGAUGAUGAGGAUGAGGAGGCAAAUCUGAAUGUUCAUUAUGGCCCUGCGCCAGCUGGACGUCAGGAGCGGAGAGGAGUGCGCAAGGCGCAAAUGACGAAGAAGGAAGUCCGGCUUAUCAACGGAGAGUUGAUCUUGGAGUGUAAAAUCCCCACAAUCUUACACAGCUUCCUUCCCCGUCGCGAUGACCGCGAAUUCACACAUAUGAGAUACACGGCUGUCACCUGCGAUCCGGAUGAUUUUACUGUUAGGGGGUAUAAGCUACGACAAAACAUCGGCAGCACGAUACGUGAAACGGAAUUAUUCGUCUGCGUGACCAUGUACAAUGAAAAUGAAAUCCACUUCACCCGUACUAUGCACGGUAUCAUGCGAAAUAUCACCCAUUUUUGUUCCAGAACAAAAUCGCGAACCUGGGGUAAAGAUGGUUGGCAGAAGAUUGUGGUGUGCAUCAUUGCUGAUGGUAGACAAAAAGUACACCCGCGCACAUUGAAUGCUCUUGCAGCCAUGGGCGUCUAUCAGGAUGGGAUCGCCAAGAACAUCGUCAACCAGAAGCCAGUCAAUGCACACGUUUAUGAAUACACCACUCAGGUCUCCCUAGACCCGGAUCUUAAAUUCAAAGGUGCAGAGAAGGGGAUAAUGCCCUGCCAAAUCAUCUUCUGUCUGAAGGAGCGCAAUGAGAAGAAACUGAAUUCGCACAGAUGGUUCUUCAACGCUUUCGGGCGCGCCUUGACCCCCAACGUCUGCAUUCUUCUUGACGUUGGGACGAAGCCGGCGCCCACUGCUCUAUACCAUCUCUGGAAAGCGUUUGAUCAAGACUCAAAUGUCGCGGGCGCUGCUGGGGAGAUUAAAGCUGGCAAGGGUAAAGGGUGGCUGGGCUUGUUUAACCCGCUGGUUGCCUCGCAGAAUUUCGAAUAUAAAAUGUCGAAUAUCCUAGAUAAACCGCUCGAGUCAGUUUUUGGAUAUAUUACCGUGCUACCCGGUGCGUUGAGCGCGUACCGGUACCAUGCCCUACAGAAUGAUAGUACGGGCCAUGGGCCGUUGAGUCAGUAUUUCAAGGGGGAGAUGCUUCACGGGAAGAACGCGGAUGUGUUUACUGCCAACAUGUACCUUGCGGAGGAUCGGAUUCUGUGUUGGGAGUUGGUGGCUAAACGUGAGGAAAAAUGGGUUUUGAAGUUUGUGAAAAGUGCAGUUGGGGAGACUGACGUUCCGGAUUCUGUGCCUGAGUUCAUCUCCCAACGACGACGAUGGCUCAAUGGCGCCUUCUUCGCGGCAGUGUAUUCGCUUAUUCAUUUCCGGCAAAUUUGGCGGACAGACCAUACAAUUCCGAGGAAAAUCCUAUUACAUAUCGAAUUUGUGUAUCAGUUUGUUUCUUUAGCGUUUACUUUCUUUUCUUUGGCAAAUUUCUAUCUCACUUUUUACUUCAUUGCUGGUGCAUUAUCGGACCCUACCAAUGACCCGUUCGGGCAUAAUAUCGGAAAGUACAUAUUUGUAAUAUUGCGAUAUGCCUGUGUACUUCUUAUUUGCCUGCAGUUCAUCUUGUCGAUGGGUAAUCGACCCCAAGGAGCCAAGAAGAUGUUCAUGACCGGCAUGGUUGUCUAUUGUAUAAUAAUGAUGUACACGGUCUUUUCCGCUCUGUAUAUGGUGGUGACCCAAUUAAAGCUCAGUGACCAACCUCUCGAAGAACGGCUGAAGCUGGGCAACAAUACCUUCACCAACAUCAUCGUCUCGACCCUCUCAACCGUCGGCCUAUAUUUCUUCAUGUCCUUCCUCUACCUCGAUCCCUGGCACAUGUUCACCUCGUCAGCGCAAUACUUCGCCCUACUCCCUAGCUACAUCUGCACCUUGCAGGUCUAUGCCUUCUGCAACACCCACGACGUCACGUGGGGCACCAAGGGCGAUAACAUGAUCCACACCGACCUCGGCGCCGCGCGCACCACGGGCUCCUCCACUGUCGAGCUGGAAAUGCCCUCGGAGCAACUGGACAUCGACAGCGGCUACGACGAGGCGCUACGGAACCUACGCGACCGGCUCGAGGUGGCCCCGCCCGAGCUCUCAGAGGCGCAGAUGCAGGAAGACUACUACCGCGCCGUGCGCACGUACAUGGUGUCGGUAUGGGUUGUCGCGAACGCGAUCCUGGCCAUGGCGGUGUCGGAGUCCUUCACGGAGAAAUCGGCAGGGAACAACGGGUACUUGGCCUUUGUGCUGUGGAGUGUUGCGGGCCUCGCGCUAUUCCGGGCGCUGGGGUCCGGGGCGUUUGCCAUGUUGAAUCUUGUUCAUCAAGUCAUGGAGGGGAAGAUGAAGUUCGAGGCGGCGGGGGGGACGGGGUAUGGGUAUGGUGGUGGGUUUUUGGGCGCUGGGGCUAGUAGUGCUGGUGCGGGGUCUAGCGGGGCGGGAAGCUCUGUUGGGCGGACGUCUGCGGGGAGGAGUGUAGGGGAGACGCUUAGUGAUUGGGCGAGUGAGGCGGGAUGGACGGUGAAGAGGACGGCGGGAAAGUUGAGAUUUUGGAGAUGAGGGUCUUGAGAUUUUUUCUUAAUUUUCCCCCUGCUUUCUUCGUUUCCAUUUGCUCUGAAAAGGUUAGUGGAUGAUUUCUUGUCUUUUUCAUGUAUAUGUUUUCCUCUCUUUUUUUUUUUUUUUUUUUUCUUUUCUUGCCCCUGAUUAUUUCGAUAAUGACCCCCCUCCCCGCCUUGGGUUUUCGUGGUGAAAUGUUUAUAGUUAAUGAUAGAUGAUCUUCUUGUUCAUGGUUAUGUAGGUAUACGUUGAUGGAAUGCUUAUUCUCUACUGACUCCUUUUUGUUUGGCUUUGUAACUUUUAUGGUUUCUUUCAUGGUUGGUUGCGCUGUAAUUAGUAUAUACUCUCUGGGUUUGGAAUGGAUUCAUUUGAUUAUUUCUCUCUUUUGUUUGGUGGUUAGUUUUUUGAUUUCUUUUUUUAAAAGAGUAACAGUUUGUUCAUCUUUACGUGUUCAUCUCUCUGCUUUCACAGAUACCUACCUUUUCGGGAAUUUGAUUCUCUGCUUGUUAAAUUUGCUUGCUUUGGAUAGGUUGAGAAUGAAGAUGAUGAUUACUUAUAUGUGGUAGGGCUGUCUGCUACAAUUAAAGCUCGGCAUAAUAAAGAAGAGUGCCAUUUUUGAUGCAACAAAUGCGAAAGUCAAAUUUUGAACAGUUAGUAGGUAGGGAGGGCUUUGUCGGAACUUCCCAGUUUAGUUCUUCUCAGUUCCGUUCUUCAAAGCAAAGUAUUACUUCAAGGAUAGACUGGUAUACUAGGACUACAUACACUAAAUAAGAUGUUGCAGGAAAUCGAAGCAAAUAAAAGCACAUCAUAUCCCAAAUCGGCUGUUUCAUCACUUUACC